CCAAGCGCAUGCGUCGCCGUUGCCGUCGCCGUCGCGCCCCCACCUCCCGUCCCCUCCGCUUCUUGGAAACCCAUCACUAGCGCGUCCUGAACCGGAACGGCGACGCCUCCUCGUCGUCCUCGGCCGCGGCUCCUGCUGCUACGGCGGUAGGUGCCGCGUCGCCUUCCUUAACUGCUCCUGCUCCUGCUCCUGCCCGCAUCUCUUCUCCUUCCUCCCAUCCAUCUCCCUGCUGCUCCCACUCCUAUCCUCUCUGCUCCGUCCGUCCGCGUGUGUGCUCCACCCUCCUCCACCUGUCGCCGCGCCAACUGCCCCCGCCCCUCUCAUGUCAGUCCCCUGCCCGCCCGCACCAUUUCUCCUCCUUCUUCUUCUUGGAAUAGCUCCGGAUUCUGAUGCCCGUUUCGAUCUCCAAAAUCUGUAGGACCGGGCCGGGCGACGAGCUGGCCGAGCUGCUGUGGGACCACGGCCCGGCGCUGCGGAGGCCGCCGCCGCCGUUCCAGCCUUUCACCUGCAGCGCCGCCGGCAGCAGCAGGUCACACGAGCUCAAGCGCCACCCCGUCCCCGUCCCCGUCCCACUGGGCAUGCACACGCACGGCGCCGGGCUCGGGCUCGGCGGCCUCCCCGUCCACGACGACGAAGACGACGCCGUGCCGUGGCUGCAUUGCCCCGUUGUUGUCGACGACGGCGACGCCGACACGGCGCCGCUGCCUCCCGAGUACUGCGCCAGCCUGCUGUCCGAGUACUCGGAGGCGGCCGCGCCAGCGGCCACGGCCUCCCACGCCGCGGCCGUCGUCCCGGCCGCGCCGCCGCCGCCCGAGGCCGCCGUGGCUAACAAGCUGGCCCCGCCGAGCGCCACUGGCAGCGGAGUAGGGGAGGGCGUCUUGAACUUCACCUUCUUCUCGCGGCCUCUCCAGCGGCCGCAGGCGGCGUCCGCGGCCGCGAGCCACCCCGUCGAGUCCACGGUCGUCCAGGCGGCAACGAACCGGCUGCGGAGCACGCCGCUGUUCUCCGAGCAGAGGAUGGCGUGGCUGCAGCCGCCCAAGGCGCCGCGCGCCACGGCUGCAGCGGCGGCGACACCACCGCCUCCUCCACCACCACCGCCGGCGCCUCCUCAGCUAGCGCCUAUGCUCCCAGAUACCCGCCAUGGAGAGACAGUAGCUCAACCCCGCUCGCAACCAGAUGCAAGACCUCCCGAUGCGGCGGCGGUGACGGCCUCUUCGGUCUGCUCCGGCAACGGUGACCGGAGCCAGCUCAAGAGGAGCUGCCACCUGGCCGCGGACUGCUCCGUCAGUCCGGACGAGGACAUGGACGACGAGCCCGGCGCGACGAGAAGGUCGGCGGCGCGGAGCGCCAAGCGCAGCCGCACCGCCGAGGUGCACAACAUGUCGGAGAGGAGGAGACGGGACCGGAUCAACGAGAAGAUGCGCGCCCUGCAGGAGCUCAUCCCCAACUGCAACAAGAUCGACAAGGCGUCGAUGCUGGAGGAGGCGAUCGAGUACCUGAAGACGCUGCAGCUCCAGGUGCAGAUGAUGUCGAUGGGGACCGGGCUGUGCAUGCCGCCGGCGGCGAUGCUGCUUCCCGCGAUGCACCAGCACAUGCAGGCUCUUCACCACCACCACCACCACCCCAUGGCGCACUUCCCGCACCUCGGCAUGGGGCUGGGCUACGGCAUGGGCAUGGGCAUGGGCGCCACCGCGGCGGCGGGGUUCGACAUGCUCCCGCGCGUCGCGGCCGGCGCGCACUUCCCGUGCCCGCCGAUGGCAAUGCCGCCGCCGCCGGGGGCGGCCAUGUUCGGCGUGCCGGGGACAGGGAUGGCCACGCUGCCCGCGGCGUUCGCUCACAUGGCCGGUGCCGCGCCGGCUGGACAGAUGGAAGCUGGUGCCGGUGACGCUGCUCCUGCUGCUGCUGCGGCGGCGGCGGCUGCUGCUCCUGCCCGGCCAGAAGAAGCAGAGCACCCGCCGGUCCGCGGCGUGGCACAGGGCGAUCAGGAGGCGCAGCAGCAGCAGCACCCGAAGCAGACGUGAAGGCGAAGGCGACGAGGUGCCUCCCCGCCCCCGCCCAUCGUCGUGUCGCCAGCAGGCGGCUGCCGGAAGAUUCCCCGCCCGUCGUCCUUCCUCGGAGUCAUUUUCCUAAUCUCUCGUGGUUGCUGGAUCUUUGAGACGUCGUCGCCGUGACACCAUGUCGCUCUGAAUUUGGCUGCUGCAUCUCCAUCGACGACUCUGACGAAGCUCAUGCAUGUCAUGCAACGCAGGGUCUGGACUCUGAAGUCUGAACUGGACAGACAUUUUUGUACCGUGCCUGCUAUAGCUUGCUUGUACUCGUACGUAUACGUACGUAGGUUGCAGGAGAAUGUAAAAAAGAGGAACUCGAGGAACGCCGUCCCUUGAACAGAAGGUAGUAGGCGUCAAGAAAUUGAACUGUGAAAUGUUCCCGCCUUUGAUCGAGUUUGGGACGAACAACAACAUCGUGUUGGGCAGACUGCUAA